GGAGCUGGUAACACUCAUCAUUUCCGUUCUUCAAAUAUCGUAUUUCUGUCUAGUCCAGCGUCGCCUUAAUUGGCCUUCUAAGUGGUAGAUGCCGUCGUCAUUGUUGUAGUAGAUGGUGCGGUCGAUGCCAUCGUAUCUGUCCUAGAUGGUACAUUGUUGUCGUAGAUGGUGCGGUCGAUGCCAUCGUAUCUGUCCUAGAUGGUAUGGUCGAUGCCAUUGUAUCUGUAGCGUGCUGAUUAUUCCCUUUUACAGUUACAGAAACCUCUAAAGCAGGAACAAUAGUGGAGUAGUAUAUAUUUAUACAUAACUAUUAUCUGAACUAGAUAUUUUAUUUUAAGUUGAUUAUAUGUGAUUUAGAGCUAGUAGCUUGCUGUACCAUUAAACUACUCUAAAUACGAGAAGCACAGAAGAAGAGUCGUUGCCACACUUUGGGUAAUUACGAAGGAAAGAUCGUGAGUUGCGACUGUCACGAGCACGCGGUUCGAACGCGCGCGGGUGCUGACUUGGCGUUGACCUGUGAAAUUCUCUCGCUUCACUCGAGUCUCUUGGCCCUUGCUCGAGGCAGACUCAUCGAGCAGCCCAAAGCCCCAAACGACUGCGCGCGAGCGAUAGAAUGGCGCUGCGCCUCGCUGCCGUACCAGAGAGCGCCGCCGCCGACCUGAGCGCCGCCGCCAAUACCCUGCCGUGCAUCUCCUACCGCGACUCGAUCCGGAGCGUCGCCGCCGUCGUCUCCGGCGGCCGAGGGCCUCUCUUCCAGUCCGAAGAUUCCGCCUCCACCUGGUCGUCUUCCUCCUACGCGUCCGACUGCUCCGGCCACUCCUCCGGCGUCUCCGCCGCCGCGGCCGCUGGCUUCAGGGCACUCACGGCGCACGAGCUCAGGGAGGUCGCGCGUCGCAUGGUCGCCGACGGCUACGCCCAGCGCAUGGUCCAAGCGUUCGACGACGCGGCGACGGUCGAGGUCCUCGAGGGGGAGGUGGUUCUUCGAGCUCGACGUCGACUGGGUCCUCCGAAUCCGCGAGGGGCAGGGGUUACGGCAGCUGGAGAAGUCGGCCGCCUCCUCCCCGUCGUCGUCGCCGCUGCAAGAUCUGGUGGAGAGUGACAGAUUAUGUCUUGUUUUUACUAUAUAUUUUUAACAUCUAUUUUUGAGAUAAUAGUUGGCUGCCUUAGGAUGUAAGGCACUAGUAAUUUUUUGAGAUAAUAGUUGGCUGCCUUAGGAUGUAAGGCACUAGUAGUUUUCCUUAGGAUAUAAGCCACUCCUAAUUUUUAGGAUGUAAGCCACUAAUCUAUACCUUAUGGUGUAAGCCACUGGCCUAUAUAUAUAUAUCCAACCAGCCAUAGUUGAUUGAGUGGAGAAUAGAAA